UGGGCUGACCGGGUUAUAAAACCUGAAAGGGUUCAACCGGAGCCCACUAAAGAUCUUGAGGACGCCUGCGAGAAACUUCUCAAGGGUGAUCUUGUGACCGGGAAACCUUAUGCCUAUGGUGGCUGGGUAUUCCGGCUAGCUAACCCGGAUGGGGGUGCGUCUGCGACCCAUGACGCUGAGGAUAACCAGGCUGAUUCCCCGGAUGGUCACGCUGAGGCCGGCUCUCCUCAUCCAGACAUGAACUUCAACAGGAUGACCACCAUCAUUGAGGAUGACGACGAUGAUGUCCAGGUCCUCCACUCCAACCGGUCUCCUCUCUCUAACUCUCCUGGAAUGGAUGGGGCCACAAGUGCCCGGUGUAGCCCUAUCCAUGAGCAGAGCCAGAAGCUGAAAUCUCCUUCAGCUAGGCAUCACUCUGAGGUUGACCGGGCUAAUCCCCCCAAAUUCCCGGUCCAUUCAGGUGCUAAAGAGGUCGGUGCAUCUUCCUCUUCAAAAGCCAAGGACCAAAAAAGGAAGAGCUCUCAUAAGAGUUCCAGGGGAGGCAAGAAGAGGAAGAUUAGCUUAUCAGACAGGGAGGGGGAAACCAUCGAAGAAGCCUUCCUAUCCCUGGCCAAAAAACUCAGCAAG